AUGUCCAUGUUUGGAAUGGGAAGGCCGCAGCCUUCAUCGGCAGAGAAGAUCGCGGCCGCGGAGCAGGAGAUGGACCUGGUGACGGAUAUGUUCAACAGACUCCAAAAGGCCUGCCUCACAAAGUGCAUCCCCCCCACUUACCGCGAGGCCGAAGUCAACAAGGGCGAGGGCGUGUGCCUCGACCGCUGCGCGAGCAAGUUCUUCGAAGUGCAGUUGAAGGUGUCGGAGCUGCUGCAGAAAGAGGCCAUGGCGAAGGGUGCGGGAGGGGGUGGUGUAGGCUUUGGAGGAUUGUGA